AAGUUGACGGUCAAUAGUAAAGGGGUUUCCAAGGAUACGGAACAGGACCUCGUCCUCGCUCCUAGCGACUUCUGGGACAUAGUUCUGCGGCCGAAGCUGGACAAGCUCCUACGCAAGAAACUACCAGGAAACAAGUCAUUCAAGGCGGACGACACGAAUAUCACAAUAUCGGUGACAGACCGCUCCGAACGGGACCUCGUUAAACGAUUCGAGGAGCUUGAUAUUGACUGGGCGUUGGUGGAGAAACAGCUGCAG